UGUUUCCCUUAGGGGACGAGAAGAGAAGACAGCAGCGCAGCAUCUUAUUUUGCGUUCAGUAAACUGUGCGCGAGGUAUGUAGCCGAGCAUCUGCGCAACGAGCACGGCGCACCUGAGUUUAAUAUAAUAUUUAUAGUCCGCUAUUUAUAAAGAAAAAUAUAUAUUGUUUAGACUACAGGAAAAAUGAAAAUAACAUGUGUAAAAAGCCUAUUUCAACUGGAAACAGAGAAUAAAAUAACAAUUUAGGCCUUUUCUUAUUUUAAUUCAGUGGCAUUUGGGCCUAUAUUGUCUAGCCUUUACAUUGGAUUAUGGUGCUGAUAUUUUCGCAAACCAUUGCGUAGAGCGGGAAUGAGUCGAAUCCUUCCCCGCCCAAAUUAUGGUUGAUUUGGGAAGUAUUUGCGCCUAGACCGUGCUGUAGCGCAACCGACAGCCAGUAGUGGCCAGCAGCAAACAGCAGCAGCUCCAGCGGUGGAUGUAGGAUCAGAGUCGGGGCGAAUCUAGGAUUCACUGUCAGAGGGGAAGAAGAGCAGAGGACUCUCUCAACGUUCUGAAUCAUGGCUACUGAAACCGUGUCCCCGGCGUGCACUGGAUCCAGUUUGCUGCAACCCAUAAGCGAAAUCAUCAAUCUUCCUCUCGACCAGGUCAACUUUGUGGUGUGCCAGUUGUUUGCCCUGUUGACUGCCUUCUGGUUCCGUUUGUAUCUCCACCCCAGUAAGACCAGUCCCUUCGUCAGACAUGUGGUGGCCACACUACUGGGAUUCUACUUUGCUCUCUUCUGCUUCGGCUGGUAUGCUCUCCACUUCCUGGUUCAGAGUGGGCUCACCUAUGGCAUCAUGAUCCUCACUGGAGUAGAACACAUGCACAAGUACUGUCUGGUGGUGGCCCUGGGCUAUCUCAGCUUCUGUCAGAUCACACGCGUGUACGUCUUCGACUAUGGCAUGUACUCUGCUGACUUCACAGGGCCUAUGAUGGUGAUAACACAGAAGAUCACCAGUUUGGCGUUUGAAAUACAUGAUGGAAUGUGCCGGAAAGAGGAGCAGCUGACCCCAAAUCAGAAGGUCCUGGCUAUAAGGAGGAUGCCCAGUCUGCUGGAAUACUUCAGCUAUAACUGUAACUUUAUGGGAAUACUGGCUGGCCCCACCUCCUCCUACAACGAUUACAUCGCCUUCAUCGAGGGCACGCCCUGCCGUCGCAGUAAAGACCACCAGACCAAUGGGAAGACCAACGGCAGACACAAACAGACUGACCCCUCCCCAAACAUUGAAGUGGUCCGUAAACUGGCCACCUGUUUCUUCUCCCUCAUGGUUUUCCUCUCGGUCUGUAAAGUGUUCCCUGUGGAACGGAACAUUGAGGACGACUUCAUCGCCACCACGCCCUUCUACGCCCAGGUGGUCUACCUCUACCUGUCCAUGCUGACCACCAGGCCCAAGUACUACUUCGUCUGGACGCUGGCUGAUGCCAUCAACAAUGCAGCAGGAUUUGGAUUCAAUGGAUACAACAGUGACGGCUCACCACGUUGGGAUCUCAUCUCCAAUCUGAGGAUAAUGGAUAUUGAGUUUGCCACCAGCUUCAAGAUGUUCCUUGACAAUUGGAAUAUACAGACGGCACAUUGGCUCAAAAGGGUGUGUUACGAGCGCUGCCCCUACCACCCCACAGCGGCUACCUUCAUUCUGUCAGCCAUGUGGCACGGAGCCUACCCUGGAUACUACCUCACCUUCCUCACUGGCAUCGUGGUCACACUGGCUGCACGUGCCAUGAGACACAACGUGAGGCCGUACUUCCUGGGCUCGCCUUCACACAAGCUACUGUAUGAUGGGAUCACGUGGGCUGGCACCCAGAUUGCCAUUUGUUACACUGUGGUGCCUUUUGUGCUGCUGUCUGUCGGGCCCUCUAUGAAGUUCUACAGGUCCUGGUACUUCAGUGUCCACAUCGGCUGUGUUCUCCUGGCCGUAGCACUGCCAGUCAAGCCCCGACACCUGCGCCUGAAGGAGGCUCCCGUCCUCUCCCACCAGGACUCCACCUCCACAGAUGGCCACUGCAACCAGAAGACCAAAGCCACAUGAAGCAGAUUCAGAGACCAGCAAAGGUGCACACACACAGAGACUAGCACCAAGGACUGCAGGGACUGUCCAACAGAUUAUUAGAGAGAGAGACUGUCCAACACAUUAUUAGAGAGAGACUGUCCAACACAUUAUUAGAGAGAGAGACUGUCCAAGCUGUGUUUUGGAGUCGGACGACGAUUCUCAUUUGUUCACGUGAGAAGGGAUGGAUGGACUGAAAGCUUUGGGAUUUACCUAUUUAGUGCACUACUUUUGACCAGAGCCCUAUGGGUCCUGGUCAAAAGUAGUGCACUAGAAAGUGAAUAGGGUGCCAAUAAAAUUUGAUUUGGAACGCAGCCCCUACUUUAUUAUGAGGACUAUUGGCUGAGGCUCAGCGGGAUGGAUGGGUACCAAAUCGAUGAUGAAAUGCCAGUAUUGUACUGUUACUGUAUUAUGGGAGUAUUCAAACUUGCCUUAUAACCUUUGUCUCUUUCUCCACCCAGUUUUUUUUUUUUUAGCUUUUGUGUAUCCUCCUCAAAUUGGAUAUUAUUGCGUGUGCGGUGUUUCUUACUCAAGGUGAACAGGUUUUAGGAUCAGGUGAGAGAGAGUGGAGUGGUUUAAGUUAACGGUGUUAUUGUCCAGGUAAAAAGCAAAGAUACAGGAAAUUAGGACACAAGAACUAAAAGUGAAGGAAAACAAGGUAGUGUCCUUGGUCUUUUCACAAAAUAUGUAGGGUGUCCAACCACUCUGCCCAGAAGUGGGUGAAAAAAAACACUCUUUGGUGAUGAUAUUUCACUUCCUUAUGUUAUUAAAUACAUUUUACCAAUACAAAUAUGAUUAUUCAUGUUCUGAAUCGUGGGGACUUUUGCUUUCAUAUCAUUAACAUUAUAGCCAAAAAGUCAGAUUUUGUUAUCUAAUACGAUAAUAAGCACCUAACUCUGUUGACAUAGCGGUGCAGAUUUCUCAUCGCUUUUGAGGAUUUUACUUUUUGUGGUCCUCGUCUUCAAAGUUGUUUCCGCGUGUCACAAAAAGCAAAAUUAGCAUGACACAAGCUGAAUUAAAUGUAAAAUGCUUUGAAAAGAAAAAGCUUGGUAUACGCUCAGUUCUCCGUUGACAUUUCAGAGAUAUGCUUGCUUUUGUAAGAAAUCUUCGAUAAAGGACAGAAUUUUUGCAUUAAUAUGAAAAGCGUAUACUAAAAUAAGAAAAUGUCAUGUCUCAACAUCUAUAUCUAUCUUACCUCUAUAUUGUUUCAUGUCCUCCGGAUUCAAGAAGAAAGCCUGUCAGUUUGCCUUAAUUCUCGCACAACAUCCAGCCUAGCUGACGGAAUGCAUUUUUUCUGAUUUUUGACCCCCCCCCCUCUUCUCUCCUUCAUUGACUUAGUCACCCUAAUUUUGGCCAUCCUACAAUAACUUUUGAAUGGAUUAUGAUCGAGGCAUGAGGUUAGGACCAUUGGUUUUCUUAGAGGAGUAUUUACACAAUAUUAUACUGAAGAAAAAUAUGAGUGCAAUAUGCAUCAAUUUCAAAGAUUUGACUGAGUUACUGUUCAUAUAAGGAACUCAGUCUAUUGAAAUCAAUGAAUUAGGCCCAAAUCUAUGGAUUUCAGAUGACUUGGCAAGGGCGCAGCCAUGCGAGGGCAUAGGCCUACCCAAUUGGGAGCCAGGCCCACCCAAUGGGGAGACAAAUCCAGCCAAUCGGAAUGAGUUUUUCCCCACAUAAGCGCUUUAUUACAGCCAAAAAUCCUCCUGACCCGUGGUUACACGUGGUCUGCGGUGGUAAGGCCAGUUGGACAUACUGCCAAAUUCUUUGAAACAGUUUUGGAGGCGGCUUACGGGAGACAAAUGAACAUUUAAUGUAAUUCUCCAGGAACAGCUCUGGUGGACAUUUCUGCAGUCAGCAUGUCAAUUGCACACUCCCUCAAAACUUGAGACGUCUGUAGCAUUGUGUUGUGUGACAAAACUGCACAUUUUAGAGUGGCCUUUUAUUGUCCCCAGCACAAGGUGCUCCUGUGUAAAGAUCAUGCUUUUUAAUCAGCUUCUGAUAUGACACACCUGUCAGGUAAAUGGAUUAUCUUGGCAAAGGAGAAAUGCUAACAGGGAUGCAAUGAAAUGUGUGCCCAAAAUUUUAGAGAAAUAAGCUUUUUGUGUGUAUGGAACUUUUAUUUCAGCUCAUGAAACAUGGGACCAACACUUUACAUGAUGUAUUUUACCCAUUACCCAGGUCAAAAUAUGCAUUUUUGAUUGGACACCCUACAGUAUGAUGAUUCAUGGUCUCAACAGGGAAAAUGUCUCAAAUUACACCCCUUUCCCUACAUACAGUAAGUAGUACACUUCUUUUGACCAAAGCCCUAUGGUCCUUGGUCAAAGUAGUGCACUAUACAGGGAAUCGGGUGCCAUUUGGGCAACACCCAAGGACUUACUCCAGACUGUUUGCUUUCACUGGGUGAUGUUAUUGGCUCACUUCAAUGUCACUUCUGUUUUCUUCUGUUGAAUGUCAUUGUGUGUUGUUAUUAUAUAACGGUUUGACACAAUCAGAAUCUGAAAUUAACUGUUGGAUAGAGAAAGGUUUAUUAGGGAACAUAUCAAUGAUGAUUUAAAUCAUUUAACAGGUAAUUCCAUGCUGUGAGAGUAGCUACUAACCCCCUAUUCAUGAAUUGUGUGUGAGCAGUGUGAGAGGGGAGAUGGUCUAGUAUUUCCAUGUGUCGAGGUACAUUUAGUCAUUUCAUGUACUUGUUAUUUAUGUGAUUCUAAUGGACUCGUGGUAUGUUCGACAAAGGUGAAAAGCUGGUGGAAAGGUAGGACAGUUAACAUAGGAUCAUGUUGAGCUGGAGGUGAAAGGAACAAAAUCCCAGUAUUUGUAGACACUGCUUCUUCAGACAGUUCUGAUUCUAUUUUCAUUACGAGGGGAUGUGAAAACUAAACCUACUUUCUUGAGUCGAUUGUAAGUUUAGGUAAAUAUGGUCAUUGUAAGAACCCUUUGCUUGAGGCUCUGGAGCAAAGAGAAUGGAAUGCUAAUCAUAGUCCCGAGCAGCCAACCCUUCUAAUUGUUCAUGUGGAUGAUGUGGAUGGUUUGUUUUUGUAUAUUAUGUGAUUAAAAGAUGGAUCUUUUUGGAA